AUGGAAGACCACAGGCAGGCUAAUUGCAAUGUCAUUGGGGAACUAAUAAAAUCAAAAUACAUGUCCAUAAAGAGAGUACACACACCACAUGACAUAAUCAACGACAUGCUAGAUGAUUUUGGUGUUUCAAUGGGGUACCAAAAAGCCUGGAGAGCAAGAGAAAAAGCUUUAGAAUUGGCAAGGGGAAACCAAGAUGAUUCAUACCAAAAACUUCCCAUCUACCUUCACAUGCUAAAAGUCUCGAACCCAGGUACAAUUACACACCUGGUUACAGACAAUACAGAUCACUUCAUAUAUAUGUACCUAGCAUUUGCAAAUUCCAUCAAAGGAUGGAAACACUGUAGGCUAGUCAUUGUCAUAGAUGGAACUUACUUGAAGAUAUCAUUUGGGGGAACUUUAUUCACUGCUUCAACAAUAGAUGCUAACAACAACAUAUUCCCAUUAGCCUUUGGAAUAGGAGACUCUGAAAAUGAUUCCUCAUGGUUAUGGUUUUUCACAAAGCUAAAGGAGACAUAUGGAGAAAGAGAAGGUAUGGCAAUCAUUUCAGACAGGCAUAAAAGCAUAGAAAAUGCUAUAGACGAUGUAUACCCAAAAGCUUUCCAUGGAGCAUGCAUAUUCCACCUGUUAAACAACAUCAAAGUCAAUUUUGGUGUCCAUGGGGAUGACCUAAACCUAAACUUUGUCAAAGCAGCAAAGGCAUACAGGCUGCCAAUCACUACAAUGAUGGAGGGCCUUCAAAGUUUAGUUCAAAAAUGGGUAUGGAAAAAUGGUAACGAAGCAAACGGAACAUUCACACAAGUAACAACAGAUACUGAAACUGUGCUUAGAGAAAACUUUAUUCGUGCCAUUAAAUUUCAGGUCUUCCCAAUAAACACUAUACUGUACCAAGUUGUGGUUGAACAGAAAGGAAAUUUUUUGGUCAACCUAAUGGAGAAAACAUGUGAAUGCAAAAGGUUCCAACAAGACGAAAUACCGUGUGCACAUGCAAUAGCAGUAUUCGCCAAAACACGGCUGAAAACAUAUGAUUAUGUUGCUGAUUACUACAAAACUACAACUAUGAAAGCAACAUAUGACUCAACUGUUCAUCCAUUGCCAAAUGAAAGCGAAUGGACACUGCCAGAGACUUUAAACAAAAUUGUCCUACCACCAAAAUCAAGAAAACCACCAGGCCGCCCUAGAAGGAAAAGAAUCAGAUCUAGAGGAGAACCAAAGGUGCAAAUAAAAUGUGGAAGAUGCGCGCAGCCAGGACAUAAUAGAAAAACAUGCAGGAAUGAACCAAUCCGAAAGCAGCGAAACCCAACAAAGUCAAAGAAAAUAGACAAAUAA